AUGAACACGCCACCAUACACACCCCAAACUUCCACACCACAAUAUGCGCCCACACACCGCAAUGAUACAUCCCUCAACCACGAGCUCAUCAUAACACACCUCAUCGACGCCAUCAUCCUCCGCUCCUGGGCCCUCGACGAUGACCUAGCCCACGCCCUCGAAAGAGUCCUCACGACCGUCACGGGCGAGAACCAGAAGACGCAAGACCGCUUCGAUGCCGCAGUGGUGGAGAUACAGCUCACGAACGAAGACAAUUAUAGAUGGAUCUCCUUGAUGAAGGUUGGGGAGGCGCUUGGGCUGGUUCCUUUCGUGCCUGAUUUUGCUGUGCAUCAGGCGAGGUUGAGGGAGGUUUGGAGGGCUAUGUAUGGCAGGGAUCUGGAGCUUGCGUUGAAGAGUGGGGUGGUGGAUCUGGCGAGGAGGGCUUUAGGGGAGGGUUAUGAGUGA